UUAAAGUUAGACCUUGUUUUCGUAUACAGGAAAAGGAGUAUUUAGAGUUUGAAGGUCUGCUGGAAAAAAAGCGUUUUGCCAGGUAAUCAGCGCGGCAUACAUUUAUCAGUGUUGUAGUGGGACUGUCCUCUUCCUAUCUAAACUCUCUACAUGGAUUUUAAUAUUUAAAUAGGACAAGCUGAAUGUGAGUGUUAGCAGUGGACUUUUCUGCCUAUCUUGGUUAUCAGGGACCAAUUGACACAUUUACACAGGAAACCCUCAAUGAUGUAACACGUGGAGAAUUGCGAUCUUUAUUUUAACAUACUUUAUUGUUUUUAACUGGACAGUUAAAAAAAUGCCUUGAGAGACAUGGGACCAAAACAACAAAUAUUGGUGUUCUUAUUUAACCUGUGGUGGUGCGUUAUUGCUAAUACGGUAGUUCUGCCAAAUUUUCAACAACUUCGCGCCAGUUACCCGGGUUACAAACAUCAUGGCGGCAAAUUCAGGAAUCACCACCUUAUCCAGGAGAUUGGUUGCCGUUCAGAUAAACUCCUGCACGAUACAAGUGCACUGCGACUGUCCUAUGCCCUAAAUAAAAUUGGUGGGGUUCACUCCCUUGGGAAAAGCCUUAUUAGACUGUCCAAGUUUGGAGAAGACAGUGUUGUUGGUAGAGAUAGACUCCAGUAUAUCUAUCAUCCUAUAGCGUAUGGCCCUUUCCUUGCCGAUAAGUAUGGAUAUCCUAGUGUCUCCAAACUGCAUGAAAUGGACCCCGUCCACACCAAGAAAAACUUCUGGGGGAAGCAGGGCAUUCUCAGAGUGAUAACCUACACACAACACUCUAAUCUGCCCGUUGGACAUGUUGCUUUGUGGGACUGUAAUAAAUUCUUCCAAUCAAAAGACUGGAUUGCAAUGCAUUCAUUAAUUACUGUGGAAUUCUGGGAAUCACCAGAUUCUAACUGCAGUGGUGCAUUGGAGCCACCAACAGUAACAGCUCAACACUACAAGCACCACAGAAACAACCAGUCUCAUCAUCCAAUGAAAACCAUCUAUUCAAAAGCCUCUCAGAUAUCCAGCCAAUUGGUAGCAAAAGUAGGCAGCCAAUCAAAAUCAAUGUCAGAAACUGCUCCACAGUUAGGAACUCCCAGUUCUGUUCUUCAUUUGAACAAUAAAUACACACAGCAACAGACAACUGAUCAGUUGUUACAUAAUCCUUCAUACAGAAGAAAGUUUCUGAAAAAGUAUUUUCUCAGUAAUGGACAUUUACGCCACGCAAAACACAGAGGACUUGUUCUGAAAGAAAAGGGAAAACUAAAGUAACAAAAUGUCCAUCCAACACAACUGUAAUGGUGCUAUACUCUAGUCAUCAACAUUAAACCAAGGACUGUGUCUAAAAGCCAAAUUCACCUUAAUAAAGUCUAAUUUAAAAACAGACUCAAGGGUAAUCUAAUGCAGCUAUCUUUGACUUAAAUGUCAACAUCAUCACUGGAGAACUGAAUAAAAUAUCUGAGUGAAAUCAUUGACCAUGAACUUCAGUUCCUUUCCUCAAUCCUAAGGCAUGUCAUUUUAUCAAAAUCACCAUAGAAACUCCUUAGUGUACAUGAUGUACAUUUGAAUUGCAUUUUC